AUGUCGAUUCUCGAGGUAACUUUGGGACCCAUGGCAUUGGGGAUUUUCCUGAACACAUACUUAUAUGGCAUCGUCACUUAUCAAUAUUCUGCCUACUUUAACACGAAGUUUAAAGACCCUCUAUGGAUCAAAUUGACUGUGCUAGCCCUCUUCUCCCUAGACACUUUCCACAGCGCCUCGUUAAUCUACAUGGCGUGGUACUAUCUAGUCAAGAGUUUCGGGAAUUUUUUGGCUCUCAUGGAUCCUGUGUGGCCGUAUCCUUCGACCAUCUUCAUUACAGUGGCCACAGCUCUCCUGACGCAUGUGUUCCUGAUUUACAGGACUGUGCGCCUAACCAAUAGAUUUGUCUACAUUCCGCUCCUACUAUUAUCAUUUGGAUCGUUCGGAACAGGAAUGGGGUGCGGCGUCAGGGCGUACCUGUGGGUCAAACGCGAGGCCGACAUGGUCAUGAUCAACUCUCUCAUGAUUUCGUGGCUGUCGCUCGAGCUCGCAGUAGACGUGCUGAUCUCCGGAACCCUCAUAUGGGCCCUCGCGCGAUCGCGCACGGGAUUCCAGAGGUCCGACACCGUCAUCAACAGGCUCAUGCGGACAUCCGUCCAGACAGGCCUGUUCAGCGGGAUCUUCUCUAUGCUCGCCCUCACUUUUUUCCUUGCAAGACCGGAAACGCAGUUCUUUGCUCUCUUUGGGUUGCCCAUCGCUCGUUUGUACACCAACACACUGAUGGAUACGCUGCUAUGCCGCGAAGGUCUCCGAGGAAUCCUGAACCAGACAGAUGUUUCGCUAUCAUCAUUUCACACCUCCGGCGGUAGCUUGCAACUGCACAUCCGCAAGGACAUACGGUCAGACAUUGACUUCAACCCAUCAUCAAACUCCAUGUCGCCCGUCUCUCCGAAGAAGUCAAUGGCGAAUGACCAGACGAUGCAUUUCAGACCCGAAGCCGCUACUGCAUAG